GCGGCCUGCGGCGCGCGGGAAACCGCGCGCGCCAAGGCGCUGCUGAAUUGGACGCGUCCCUGCAGCUUUCCUGUCUGGAAAUAGAACGGUGUGCGAGGAAUAUUGUUGCCCCUUCAAGACUCAGGAGGAUGAAAGUCAUCACUUGUGAAAUAGCCUGGCACAACAAGGAACCUGUGUACAGCCUGGACUUCCAGCAUGGCGCGGCCGGGAGGAUCCACAAACUGGCGUCCGCAGGGGUGGACACCACUGUUAGGAUCUGGAAGGUAGAAAAAGGACCAGAUGGAAAGGCCAUUGUUGAAUUUUUGUCCAAUCUUGCUCGCCAUACCAAAGUUGUCAAUGUCGUGCGUUUUUCUCCAAGUGGGGAAAUUUUAGCAUCGGGAGGAGAUGAUGCUGUCAUUCUGUUGUGGAAGGUGAAUGAUAACAAGGAGCCCGAGCAGGUUGCUUUUCAGGAUGAGGAUGAGGCUCAGCUGAAUAAGGAGAACUGGACGGUGGUGAAAACCCUGAGGGGCCACCUAGAAGAUGUGUAUGAUAUUUGCUGGGCAUCUGAUGGGAAUUUCAUGGCUUCUGCCUCCGUGGAUAACACCGCCAUCAUAUGGGAUGUCAGUAAAGGACAAAAGAUCUCAAUUUUUAAUGAACAUAAAAGUUACGUACAAGGAGUGGCCUGGGAUCCUUUGGGUCUGUAUGUUGCUACCUUGAGCUGUGACAGGAUCCUGAGGGUAUACAGCAUCCAGAAGAAACGUGUGGCUUUUAAUGUUUCAAAAAUGUUGUCUGGAGUAGGGGCUGAAGGAGAGGCAAGAAGUUACCGGAUGUUUCACGAUGACAGCAUGAAGUCGUUCUUUCGCAGACUCAGCUUCACUCCUGACGGAUCUUUGCUCCUCACACCAGCCGGAUGCGUGGAAUCUGGUGAAAACGUAACGAACACAACUUAUAUUUUCUCCAGGAAAAACCUUAAAAGGCCUAUUGCUCACCUUCCGUAUCCUGGAAAAGCGACCCUUGCUGUCCGCUGCUGUCCGGUCUACUUUGAGUUGAGGCCGGUGAUGGAAACAGACGGACCGUCCGGAGAGCUGGUGCACCUGCCCUACCGCCUGGUGUUUGCUGUGGCUUCUGAGGACUCGGUGCUCUUUUACGACACCCAGCAGCUCUUCCCUUUUGGUUACGUGUCUAACAUCCAUUACCACACCCUGAGUGACAUUUCCUGGUCCAGCGAUGGGGCCUUCCUGGCCAUUUCUUCCACGGAUGGCUAUUGUUCAUUCGUGACAUUUGAGAAGGAUGAACUUGGAAUACCUUUGAAAGAGAAGCCAGAUUUGAGUGAGAGAACUCCUGAUACAGCAAAAAAAACUAAAAGUCAGCCACACCAAGCGUGUCUGCCAGGACCCAGACUGGCAGAGGGAAUGCCCAGCAGUCCGUGUACAAUCCCCACUCAGGCGAAACCGUCUCCAGCCCCCACAGCGGCCAAGGACACGGCCUCAAUGGCUGCUGCUGCCAGAAGCUCGGCACCUGGCCCUUCAGAAGAGAAGACCUUGCAGCCUGGCAGUCAACACCUGAAAGCCCACCCAUCCCGGAGGGUCACGCUGAACACACUGCAGUCCUGGAGCAAGACGACACCCCGGAGAAUAAGCUUAAUACCCUUAAAGACAGGCGCUCCACUGAAUUCUGUACCAACCAGUGUGAUUUCCACUCCUUCCACAGAAGAAAUUCAGUCAGAGACGCCUGGAGACCCUCAGGGCAAUCCUCCGGAGCUAAAGCGAAGCAGACUCGGUGAAAACGAAGGGAGUGCCCCAGGUCUGGACCCUUGAUGAAACCUGUCUUGUGCUUGAAGGCUGCCGGGUCUGGGGACCCCACGUGCACAGGGAAGGGGCUGCCUAAGCAAAAGACCCCUGAGACCAGAGGCAUCAGACGGAGCCUGAUGGACACUAGUAAAUUGAGUUCUAUAAUAAUACACGGACCGGUUUUCCUCCAGAAAUAUGUUUCCUCGGUGGUCAAUAUAUAAUGUACCUCGGAGAUAUGAACAUUGCAAUAGACCAUAUCCUCUUGUUGAUGAGUUUCUGAAACUGGAGCCUGGUGUGGAAAUCAGUCAGUCCUCCCUUGACAGACUUCUGUGAAAUGACAGACCCUUCGUGGGUGGACUCCUAAAGCUGGAAUUGGAAAGUAAUUUGUGAAGGUUUCUUCUGCCAAAUUUUAGAAUGUUUGAAUGGUUACUAGGUUUAGCUUCUAAAUAGUUGAUUAGUUUUGGGAAUAUUGUUAAAUUUGCUUUCUGAUUUUAAAAGUAAUAAUGCUCAUUCUAGAAAGUUAGGAAACUAGAGUAAAGUAGAAAAAGCGGGUUGGAGGUGGAGAUCCCCAUCUUCCCGCCCGCAGACGGAACCCUUGUUACUGUUUUGGCAUAUUUCAAUUUGCAUUUUUAUUCUGUUUUUUUUUUUUUCUUUUUAGGGAGAGUUGAGAUUUUUGUUCAGAUACAGUUUGGUAUCUAAGUAGGUUAGCUGUUUAGAUUUUUCAAAGCAAAAACAUCAACUUCACUCAGCAGUUUAUGCCUCUGCCUUUGCUUUCUCCGUCCCUCAGAGGAUGACAUUCUCAGUUUCUGCUAGGAAGAGACUACAGUGCGGUUGUUGCUCCAGGAGACAGUGAUUCCUGGAGUCUUCUCUUAGCUCAGGAGGCGCUGGGUGAGGGGCUCGUGUGGCCACUGGGUGGAACCCCAACUUAGAAGCUGGCACUGCCGCUUCACACGGAGAAGAGGUGUUACAGCUGAAUGCCCUGGUGCUUGAGGUGUAUCACUGACGUAAUGAACACGAAGUCAUUAUAAAUGUGGGUGCUGCACUCAGGGCUUCCCUAUCCACACACAUCACCCGAGGGCUUCCACAUCUGGCAGCGGUCAAUCACCGUGUGACAGUCCAGGGCCCCGCCCACCAAGCCUGACAGGAAGGCUGACCAGGAAUGGGAGGAUAGACUCUUUAGCUCACAGCAGCAGGGACAAAGAAAAGAACUUGAAAAGUGCAUCAGUUUGUUGCUUAAUUCAUCAUCUGGUUAACCAGGAAAAGGAUUUGCCUCCCUUUUAGAUGGGAAAGUGGGAAACUAGGGAUGAUUGAGUGCAGAGAACAGGAAGAUGAAUGACGCAGACUUGUAGCAAGACACACGUGAGCUGCAUUCAGUGUGAGACAUUUCAAAGUGUCAGGCACCAUCUGCUCAGGGCGUCCCAGCCUUAGCCGCACAUUUAAAUCACUCAAACAACUGACAAAAAUAUUGAUACCUGGAUCUCCCUGCCAGGGGGUCUGGCCUAAUUGGCUUGGGCCGUGGUCUGAGCAUCAGGAUUCUUUCAAGCCUCCUUGAAUAAUUCUGACGCGCGGCCAUGAUUGGGAAAUGAGAAGAGAAAAACCUUUCGCUGGACACUGUCUCUUUUGAUAAAUGCAUGUCCACUGGAUGCUUUUUCUUACUUAUGCUCUGGUUCACUGCUGACUGACAAAAGCUUUACCAGGGCCGCCAAACUUAGGAGACUUAGGCUAUCACCUAAUUUAGGAGACUUAGGCCAAACUUAGGCAAUGCCAUCAGCUCUUCAGAGAAAAAAGAUUGUCUUAAACGUCCUGUGGCUGGAGUAAGCUGUAUGUUGUAGUCGUUGACCCUUGAGCAAACCGGGGUGAUCAUGGUGGGUCCUCUGUUCUUGGCGAGCGGGCUUGCUUGCCCGGCCA